GAACAAUGUCACGUUAUUUUUACAUUUAUUAUUGUUUGUUAAUUUAUAUGAAAGAAUGUUUUUGUAGCGGUCAUUUUUCUUAUUAUUAUAUAAAUCAUAAGCUCAAAAAUUAUUCUGCGAAAAGUCAACGUAUUAACAAACAGAUACCUGUGGUAAAUAAUAAUGGAAGGCAAUAUAAACGAAUGUCUGACAGUAAUAACCAAAUGACACAAAUUGAUGUGGCUAAUUUUAUACAAAAACCCGAUUAUUAUGAAAUCGAUGAGAAAAUUGAAUACAAUCUUGAGAAUACAGACAGUCUGACCACAAAAUUAUAUAAUGAUUAUGAUUUAUUAAUAACUUACACAAACAACGAGAAAAAUUUUCAAAUCGACAAUAAUGAUCAAAACUAUUUAGAUGUAGAUGAAAGUAAGAAACUGAAAUACAGAUCGGUCGAUCUAUCAAACCCCAAUAUAAAUAAUGCAAACUAUUUCGAUAAACCAUUGGUCAAUAACAAAGAACAUGCAAAUAUACCAGAAGCUAGUCAGUUUGAAAAAAAUCAUCGAAACAAAAUACCUAUGGAUAGAGAUAAUCUACAUAAGUCUACAAAAAGAUAG